UUACUAUUUCUCUCUCUUUUAUGGUCUCUUUAUCAAAGUGUAGCUCAACCAAAUAUAUACCAAUUUUGAGGGCAAACCCAAAACAGAGCUGGAAUCUUGGUUAAAAUGGCGUCCCACGACCAUCCCAACCCUAAUCAGACCACAAUGUACCCACAAGUGAUGGGCGAUACCGCCCCCGACCACCCCCCUUCCUCUUCCCUCUACCCGACCGUCGACAUGAGGGACCUGCUCGAGAAUCUAUUCCCCGAUGGAGCUGACCCCGGGGCCAAUGCCCCCUCCGCCCCUCCCGAGUCCAUCGAGGAGACCCUCAUCGCCGUCCCUGGCGCCAUCCUCCACCUCAUCGACCGCCAAUACUCCGUCGAGCUCGCCACCGGCGAUCUCCAGAUCUACCGCAUCCGCCAGGGCGACAACACCGUAGCCGUCUUCGCGGCCGUCUCUGACGAAAUACAAUGGCCUCUGACCAAGGACCUCGCCGCCGUCAAGCUGGACUCCUCCCACUACUUCUUUUCCUUCCGGCCGCCGAGUGAGUCCCAGGGUAAUUCCUCUUCCAGCGACGAGGAAUGCCAAUCGAAGAAGAAGAACAAAAAGACAAAGAAGAAGAAGAAAAAGGUAAAGGAUAAAGUGGAAAAAGAGGAAGAAAGUGAGGUUUUGAGCUAUGGCUUGACCAUAGUGUCCAAGGGGCGGGAACAGCUGCUGAAGGAACUGGAUUUGAUCUUAGAUAGCUACAGUAAUUUCUCGGUGAGGACUGUGGAGGAGAAGUCAGUGGUGACCAAGGCUGGGGAAGCAGCCCGUGAGAUAACUGCAAGCGAGCUUGAAUCGGACCAGAAGAAGAAAGAGGAGGUCGAGGGUAAGUGCGCGGCCUACUGGACUACUCUGGCCCCGAACGUGGAGGAGUACAGUGGGACAGCGGCACGGCUGAUUGCAGCUGGUUCAGGGCAGCUGGUUAAGGGGAUACUCUGGUGCGGGGAUGUGACCAUGGAUCGACUCAAGUGGGGAAAUGAGAUUCUCAAGCAGAGGAUGGCUCCGGGUGUUAGCUCUGAGAUCGAUCCUAGUACCUUGAGGAGGAUCAAGAGGGUGAAGAGGGUGACUAAGAUGACUGAGAAAGUGGCAACUGGGGUUCUUUCAGGAGUUGUGAAGGUCUCAGGAUAUUUUACUGGUUCUGUUGCAAACUCUAAAGUAGGGAAGAAGUUCUUUAACCUCUUGCCUGGGGAAAUGGUCCUUGCUUCUCUUGAUGGAUUUAGCAGAAUCUUUGAUGCUGUUGAAGUAGCUGGAAAGAAUGUGAUGUCAACUUCUUCUACCGUGACCACUGGACUCGUCUCCCACAGGUAUGGGGAAGAAGCAGCUAAGGCCACUAGUGAAGGACUGGAUGCUGCAGGGCAUGCUGUGGGGACUGCUUGGGCUGUAUUUAAGAUUCGGAAGGCACUCAAUCCACAAAGUGCGUUUAAGCCCACGGCACUGGCCAAGUCAGCUGCUAAAUCUGCUGCAGCUGAAAUGAAGGCAAAACGUUCCAAGUAAAUUGAUGCUGAUGAUUUCUUUCUUGGGUGGAUUUUUUUAUCUGCAGACAGGCUUCUGCAAGGUCUGGAGGGGAUGAAGAUAUCUUAUCCACGGAAUACGAAUUAUUUGUUAUUUUUGUUUUCUAAUUAUUAUGUUAUAUAUGUAUAUUUUUCCUUUUUUUCCUUCUUUUUUUUUUGGUAUGUAAGAUGUGAGCCUUUCUUACAUUGUUGGCCUACCUCGUUGUCUGCUUAUUGUGGAUUGGAGCAUAUGCGACCAGAAGAUUGGAGGCUGAAAAGUUAUCCAUAUCUCUUCAUAUGAGGAAUAAAGGGUCCUGUAUGGUUGAGAGCAGUCAGACCUCUCCUAGAGUGAAAUGUUGUUUUAUGCACUAUUUUUGUAUUGUUUAAAUUCUUCCAUUGCAUAUAGAGUGAUACUUUUCUGAUAUUCAUCUGCCACCUUGAGGGAUAUAGUGAAAUUGGUUGUAGCUUUUUUAAUUUAACUGUGACGGAUGACUAAAC